AACUGGACAACAUAUGUGUAUAUGCAAAAACAACGCAGUGCAAGGCUACAAUUGUUUAAAAAUCUACUCGGAAAGGAACUGAUGAGAAAUAUACGUAACAUUUCACAACUUGGAUGCAUGAUUUCAUUCUAUAUUCCACUUGAACAAAUUCAUCAGUAAUCAUGUAUAAAUCUGCCUCAAAUUAAAGUUGGCUUUGGAAAAUGCCACCCAAAACAAAACACAAGAAAAUGGCUUUUCAAAAGGAAUUCCACACGCAAACUUGUGUUUUGAAGAAUAGAUGUCGAAAUUUCACACCCUUAUGGGAACGUUGCUUGACUAUUUCCUCCUCUUUGUUCUUCGAAUGAUUGGCAGCAUGAGCUCCCCAAUAUACGAGCACUACCGAUGCGCGCCGUCGCGCCAGCAUGCUGGAUCAUUGUGGACACCUAACAAUAUGCAGGAAUCAGAGCCAGCGCCUUCGCUUGAACAGCGAACGGGUACGGAGAACCUGCUCAUGGAUGCACUUGAGCCAGAACCUUUGGCCAACAUGUUCAAUUCUCUCCAAUUGAUGGCGAUUAAUGUUGUCAACCAAAUGCAAACGGCCUUGCAGAAACGAGCGACGUCGAAGGUGUCAACAAACGCUGCAAUGCCCGGGCUCGAUGCGUUUCAUCAAUGCGAACCGUCGUCUUCUUGCUACUUUUUUAUCGAUCUGCGAAACACUACAAACCGCUUUAAGGACUCUCAAGAAGAGUUUGGCAAUAGCACUAGUCAUCUAUCCAACGACAAGAACAAUAAUGCUGAUGACACGGCUGGUUCAUCUGCUAAGAAGUCUAUGCAGCGGCAGAGGAGUAUUUCGGAAUGCAGCGAUAAUAGUUUUGAUAUUUGCUUCGAGGACGAUGACGAAAGUAGCGUGCAACACACAGCAUGCAGCGAUGAUGAUGAGGAUUACGAACAGUCUGAGGUGUGUGAGUGCAGCAACGACAGCUCGACAACAAACAAAAAGGUGCGUUUCAACUUGAAGCCCGAAGUACAUGUUAUGCUCGCCUGGGACUUUGCUUAUCGGGCAGCGCGGAAGAGCGAGUGGCAAGUGAUGGCUCGGGAUCGUUUCCGAUUCCAGCAGAGGAUACAUCGUGUAGCUCCAAUUCUAAAUCCCAUCCUGACUCCAAAUCACAGAGAACAAGUCUACAAGGCUCGAUUCCGCAAUGUAGAAUAAUUCGUUUUAUAUUUUGUAUUCAUACCUGAAUUAUUCGUUGAUGUAAAUAUUACAAUUUAGCCAGAUUACGAUUACGACAUUUAUUAAGCACACUGUUUGAGUAAUCAAUGUAUCCGCUGAGUUUGUGAUUGACCUUUUCCAAGCCAAAAAAUAUUCAACCUGUAAUGGCUAGCACGUCAAACGAAAUUUCAUUUUGCUUUUCCGCUAAUAUUUAGUACCAUAAGGAAAUUGGAUUUGUUGAUAGAGGGAUAAGAUAAUAUUAAACUGCUAAAUAAAAUAA